AUGAAGAAAUUUCUUCUUGUAGCUGCCGUUCUUCUGUGUUUAACUCUGGUAAUUGCACAAGAAAAAGAAGAAGAUGAUGAGAAAGUCAGUGGAAAAGUGGAUGAAAAAGAAGAAGAGAGAAAGAGUUGUGUUCAACGCGAGAACAACAGAAGACUCAUCUAUGCGACGCAACAGAACAUUGGAAAUAUGAGAAAACUGGAAUACGACAAAGAAAUGGAGAAACUCAAACCGAUGGAAGGAUUCGAAUGCCCGUUUGGAUGGGAACCUGAGAAAUAUAAAGGGGACGUUUGGGCGGUUAAUGCCGUGGAAGGGACAAAGGAGAACCCAUUGGCCACUAAACUUGCUUGCAUUCAACAUCCGAAAUGCGGAAAACUGUAUUUGACAGAUACUCAUUCCGGUCACGGAGAUGUCAUAAAGGGAAAACCGGGAUCGGAGUGCGGUGGAAAAGCAGAAGAGGGAUUGUGCAUCGGAUCGUCGGCUGCUUCUUUUGGACUUUUAUUCUUACUUGUCAUCAUGUCUUCGUUUUAUUUUUAG